AUGGCCAAAUUAAAAAUUUGUGAGUGGGGAUCUUUGGAUGAAAAUCUUGUUCAAAUACGUUUAUCAACUUUAAAGCGAAUACUUCCAGUAGCUAUAUCUUAUGGCUUAGAGCAAAAGGAACAAGAAACUAAGCACUUAAUAAUUUAUGAUACAGGAGAAAAAAUAGACCACCAACCUCAUUUAUCUAAAUUUGCAGAAAUAUUCAAUACACAAAAUGAACUAUUUCCAGAUUCAGAUGUUUUACUCUUUGAAGAAAAUGUUGGUUUUGUUGAUUUUUCAUCUGAUUUAAGAACCCAAUUUGAAGACAUCAUUCAAGGAAGGAAAGAAUCUGCAAAUGAUUCAGAAUGGUUUAAAAAUUUACAAUUAUUUUUCAAAUUUCUUAUUGAACGAAGAAUAUAUCGUGUUGAGCAAUGGUUUUCUGAAAACAUUAGCAAUUUUCCACAAGACAAUAGUGAGGUAGUUAUUGGAAAAUAUGCUCUUGAAAAAGAGAUUGAUAAGCUUACACAUUUUUGGACAUUAUGUGGACUUUCUUGUCAGGAUUGUGGAUUACGCUGCCUUAAAAAUCAUGGUAACUCGAUCAAUUCUCCAGUUUCGCCUGGACCAACUGUUGCUUCGAAUGUGUCCAAUGAUGGUUACUCAAUAGCAACCAGUUCUUCGUCUUCGUCUAAUCAAUAUAAUGACUCGUCUACUCCUUCCCAAACAACAUAUGAUCAUAAUGUUGAUAGUACUACUAAUGAGGAUUUGAUUGAUUUUGACGCAUUUGAUUACUCCGUUGAAACAAAUAAUCAACCGACAUCCUCUGCCGAAGAAAAUACCGUUUCAGGAAACCCUAACAACGAUAUGGAUACAAGCUUCUUCGAUAAUAGCAAGACAACAUUUGGCAAUUCGAAAUCUGAAGGUUCGGAUGAAUUUUUUGAGAAAAAUGAAACAAAUUUUCAUGAAAACAAUACAAAUUCGUCCACAUCAAGAAUUCCUGAUACAGAAAGUUUGGUACUCGUGACCAAGCCCAUUAAAUCAUCCACCAAUAAUAAGUCUAAAACUAGAACAUCAGAUGAUGUGGAUAUUAAAGAGGGACAAGAUCUUUUAGAUUAUAUUCCGGGUUUGUAUCUAUUGUUAGAUCUAAAAAAAGACGAAGGAUCAAAUGGUCUUGUUAACAAAAUAAUCAUAUCAAAGGAAUCAUUAGAAAAGCUUUGUAAUGAAUUGGUUCCCAAAAUUUUUAAGUCUGUUUCAAACAUUAAUUAUAAAAAACUGAAUAAAGUCUCAUUCAAUCUUGUUGGCUGCUAUGGGAACUCUGAAUUGAUUGCAAAGCUACUAUUAAUUAAAAAAAUUAUUAACCAAAAAGUGUGUGAUUUGCUUGUAUCUUCGAAUAAAACUGGGAGUCCUUCUCUUCGUUCAGGAAUCUACUUGUUGAUUGUGAAUGUUAAUCUUGGUUUAGUAAUUCAUUGGCCUGAGUCUGGUUGUUAUGAAUAG